AUGGACUUGCCCCUUCUCAUCGGCGUGAAUGCGCUGUUCCGUAAAGCCGCGACACAUGUCGAACAGAAGAAGAAUCGCCGAGCAGCACAAGAAGCCUCUGUCAGCGAAGACAACGUACCCAGGGGCUAUGCACCCCAGAAGCCUCUGCUCUAUGACUUCCCACUCGAGCCCGGUGAGCAGCUCAUCGCUACCUUCGAGUUCACACCUGCCAAGUGGAAAAAGGACCUCUUGGCCUCCAGUGAGAUGUUCCCACAUAGCUUCGGCACUACAAUCGGCAUCGGCCACAUCACUUCGGAGAGAGUAUUGCUGUUCUAUGAUAUUGAGAGAAUCCAUGGGGAAAGCACCUGGAGUGGCGGGUCAAUCGAGACCAUGGGAAAAUAUGGCAGCAAGAUCAUUGAGCACACCGUGAACGAAACAGUGGGAAAGCUCUUUGAAGCUUUUACGCGCAUCGAGUCCGAGACUCGCGAGUACAUGGAGAAAGUGGCUCAUAGACAUGGCCCCUAUGGUGUCGUUGCUUUCCCGCGGGAUGGCACCUGGGGAGUGGCAUUUGGGCAUGUCUUCUUCAACCACGAUAGCGUUCGACAUCUGGAUGGGGUGGCGCCAGUAGCGUUCUCGCCAACCUUUAUCGACUCCAGCGGUAGUGGGCAUAAGCAGAAUCUGUUCAGAAAGCUCAUUGCCGUUGGCGGCGCAGACGUGGUCAUCGAGGAGGAGGAUUGCUAUCCAUACUACGGUACACGCUCCGACUUGGCGAGGGAUAUCUUUUAA